CAAUCACACAUUUUUAUAAUACACAUCAGUCAGAGUUCAACUGUGAAUCACUUGUGUUUUUAAACAUGGCUAGCCAUGAAAUCACGUCGAUAAAUCCUCUUAUAACCAGUACAAGAAUAAUGUUCGGGCUUUUACCUGGACUUGGUUCGUUAAUAGUUUUACGUAUGGCCAUACAUCUAUAUAGACCGGAUAUCGAAGACGCUGAAUAUCGAGUUCGCGACACACCUCUAGCACAACUGUAUGAUUGUUAUGAUUUCAUCAUCGUCGGCGGUGGAUCUGCUGGGUCGGUGCUAGCCAAUCGGCUUUCAGAGAACCCUGAAUGGAAUAUACUUCUUCUAGAAGCGGGACAAGAUGAGAAUGUGCUCUCAGACGUGCCAGUGUUAUUUCCAGUUCUACAAACAUCGUCUAUUGACUGGAAAUUCGUGACUGAACCGAGCUCUGAAUAUUGUUUAAGCAUGAUAGACAAUAGAUGCAAAUGGCCGAGAGGCAAAGUUUUGGGUGGAUCCAGUGCCCUGAAUGCUAUGUUAUAUAUUCGUGGAAAUAAACGAGAUUACGAUAAUUGGGCAAGCAUGGGAAAUCCAGGAUGGUCCUACAAUGAAAUUCUUCAAUAUUUCCUAAAAGCUGAAGAUAUGCGGAUACCGGAGUAUCAGAAUAGUCCUUACCAUUCAGUUGGAGGGCCGAUUUCAAUAGAGUAUUUUAGAUUUGAACAACCAAUUACGGGAAAAAUACUUGAAGCUGCUAGGCAACUUGGUUAUGAUAUAGUGGAUGUGAAUGGUGAAUAUCAAACGGGAUUUACUAGAUCUCAUGCGACUGUACGUGAUGGUCUGCGGUGUAGUACUGCAAAGGGUUACCUCAGACUAGCAGCAAAAAGGCCGAAUCUCCAUGUAAGUGUUCAUUCUUUAGUUGAAAAAGUUCUCAUUGAUGAACAUAAUAGAGCUUACGGUGUUAAGUUCACAAAACAUGGGCACACUCGUAUAAUAAAAGCAGCUAAAGAGGUUAUUUUAUCAGCUGGUGCGAUUCAAUCACCUCAGUUACUGAUGCUGUCAGGUAUCGGUGAUAGUAGAGAGUUAAAAGACGUCGGCAUAUAUCCUAUAGUAAAUCUUCCUGGUGUUGGAAAAAAUUUACAAGAUCACGUAGCAAUGGGCGGACAUUCUUUCCUAUUUGAUAAUCCCUUUACGAAUGGCACAGAUUACUGUUUUAAUCUUGCAACAAUAUUUUCUAUAGGCAGUUUAAUAGAUUUUGUUUUUAAUAAAAAAGGUGCACUAUACAGUAUGAUGGAAGCAGAAGCAAUGGCAUUUAUUAAUACAAAAUACCAAGACCCAGCAGAGGAAUACCCAGAUAUUCAAUUAUUUAUUGCGCCUACUGCGGAUAAUAUGGAUGGUGGAUUGUUUGGAAAACGUGCUAAUGGGAUUACUGACGAAACAUACGCGGAAUUAUAUGAAGAUAUUUUACUAGAACCAUCUUUUUCUAUUGUUCCAUUAUUAAUAAGACCAAAGAGUCGAGGGUAUUUGAAGUUAAGAGAUGCAAACCCACACUCUCCACCGCGUAUAUAUCCUAAUUAUUUUUCUGUACCGGAAGAUGUCGCAAGACUGAUUGAAGGAGCACGAUUUGUUCAACAAUUAAUACAGCAACCAGCAUUACAAGAGCUAAAUACAAGACCAAAUCCUAAUCGGAACCCUGGAUGUACAGAACACGAAUUAAUGUCAGAUGAACACUUGGAGUGUCAAGCGAGACAUCAUUCCUUAACCAUAUACCAUCCUGUCGGAACAUGCGCUAUGGGUCCAGUGAAUAAUCCACAAGCUGUUGUAGACUCAAGGCUACGAGUUCACGGUAUCAGAAAUCUUAGAGUAGUAGAUGGAAGUAUAAUGCCAAAUAUUGUUAGUGGAAACACAAACGCUCCAAUAAUCAUGAUUGCUGAGAAAGCUUCUGAUAUGAUAAAAGAGGAUUGGUUAAAAAAAAUUGAAGAACUGUAUUGCCCAGCUGAGAAUUACGUAAGAGAAGCACAUGAUCAAACUACAACAAAUAACCAGAAAGCGAAUGCUGUUCCAGAUAUAUUUAAUGAAACAGCAAAUCUGUUUAGUUACUUAUCCCUUGACGAGCCUAUACAAUACCCCAAAAAACGAAUUAAUCAUACAUCAAAGCAAAAUGAGGGCAAACCAAACGUAUUGGAAAAAUUACCGAAAGCAAGAAAGGACUGUGAUACAGAUAAUUCGCAUAAGAAAAUAAAAAAGAAUAAACCAAAACAUAAACCUACACCACCUUAUCAGCAGUUACCAAUGUCAUUUAAUACUCCAAACUAUUAUUACAUUCCUUACAAUAAUCCAGGUCCGACACACUAUAGACCAAGUACUCAAUACUACCCACCUAUAACCUAUGAAACUUUAACAUGGCCACUCUAUGGCGUAUUUCAUCCACCAGAGUAUCCGUGUUGGGAAUUAUUUCAAGAUCAGCUAUGUGACUCGUGUAAACCAAAUAUUAUAAAAAAUAAGCACCAUUCGAAUAAAAUAUUGUCACCAAAACAUCGUAGGAAAUGUAAAACAUAUUAUGAUAGAAAAAAAUGAA